AUGGAGUACUGGGUGGAGUUAGCGGUCCACUACUUGAGUGGCGAUGCUCAUUUGUGGUGGCAGGCCGCUGUGGGCCGGAGGGCAGUUUGGACUUGGGACGACUUCCUUGUAGAGUUCAACGCCAAGUAUUUCCCGAGGCAGGCGCAAGACCGUCUUCAAAUGCAGUUUAUGGCGAUUGAGCAGGAUUCGCGUUCUGUACGCGAGUAUGAUGCGGAGUUCAGUCGUCUGUUGGUGCAUGCGGGUUUUGGCAUGGAGGAUGAGCAUCACUUGAUGAACCGGUUUCUGGAGAGACUUCGCAUGAGCAUCCAAUCUUAUAAACCUAACGUUCACAAACUCAAUUAA